AUGGAUGGGACGGCUAUGGUCCAGGUGUCGAUGGGACAAGGCUGUGUUCGGCACCGACUAGAUGGGCCGAAUGGCCGUUUGUAGAGCCCUAUGACUCUAAUACUGCAGCGCCCGUGCUAAAGGGCGAGGUUACGAUCGUCUCCCCCCGGCGGCAGCGCCGGGUCACCGGGCCACGUUCUGUUCCACGCCGGGUGCCGCUGCAGUUACCGCGGCGCGACCACAGCGGCAGCGCCGUGUCCGGUCCGCGAGGUGACAAUUUGCGUGUCCGUGUCCGUGUCCGGUCCGCGAGACUCUCGACCAAUCGGAGCCCCGCCUGCGGCUGGAUAAAACGCCGGAGGGACGCGGCGGCGGGGCGAGUUCAGAGGGACUCGCGUUCAUCAGCGGCAUGCUGUACCUCACCGGGACACUCGUGGCUUUGUUCCUGCUUUCAACGGAGUGGGCCCGUGCCCAGCACUGCUCUUCCCCGUGUAAAUGCCCGGAGGAUCCGCCGAAAUGCAGCCCCGGAGUGCGGCUGGUGCCGGACAAGUGUGGAUGCUGUCGCGUCUGUGCCAGGCAGGCCGGGGAGGUCUGCUCCGACAGCGACGUCUGCGACCCGCAGCUCGGGCUACAGUGCGAGCACAGCGCUGACAGCCGGCACGGCCUGGGCGUCUGCAUCGCACGGCAAGGCAGUAUCUGCAUGUACGGUGGUGUUGUCUAUCGGAACGGGGAGACCUUCCAGCCAAGCUGCAAGUAUCGGUGCUCCUGCAAAGAUGGUCUGAUUGGUUGUGUACCCCGCUGUAAUUUGGAUAUCCUCCUGCCUAGCCCCGAUUGUCCAUUUCCCAAGCAAGUCCAGGUACCAGGAGAAUGCUGUGAACAGUGGGUGUGUGACCACAAGCAAGAAGCCCCUCUUAGAGGAUUUACAAUGGCAGCUUACAGACAGGAGGUGACCUACGACUUGGAUUUAAGUGGACCUGGUCUGAACUGCAUACAGCAGACGACACCGUGGAGUGUCUGCUCCAAAACCUGUGGUAUGGGCACUUCCACCCGUCUGACAAGUUACAACCUCCACUGUGAUAUGGUGAAGGAAAUACGACUUUGUGAAAUUCGGCCGUGUGAUUAUAAAGUCACCACCAAAAACGGGAAGAGGUGCAGCCGAACAUCGCGUGCAACGAUACCAACUCACUUUGCGUACGAGGACUGUUUAAGCAUCCAGCCCUACAGACCGAGAUACUGCGGAGUGUGCAGUGACGGGCGAUGCUGCACCCCUUACAGCACCGAAACAUCCCUGGUGGACUUCAGAUGUGUGGGGGGAUUGACGAUUAGACACCAACUGAUGGUUAUCAACACGUGUGUCUGCCAUGAUAAUUGUGUCCCAGACGACACCAUUCAUCAAAUGGAGCAGAUAUCCAGUCCUUGAGCCUUGGGGUCGGAAAGUGGCACACCACAGAAGCCGGCUGUUCGGCCCAUCUAGUCCAUGCCGAACCAUUAGUCUGCCUGGUGCCAUCGACCUGCACCUAGACCAUCGCCCUCCAUAUCCCUCCCAUCCAUGUACCUAUCCAAACUUCCCUUCCACCUGCACUGGCAGCUCUUUCCACACCCUCACCACCCUCUGAGUGAAUAUUUCACCCUUCACCCUCUGGUUGUUGCCUCACCCAACCCCAGUGGAAAAAGCCUGCCUGCACUAACCCUGUCUAAACCCUGCGUAAUGUUGUACACCUCUAUCAAGUCUCCUCUCAAUCUUCUACACUCCAGGGAAUAAAGUCCAAACCAAUUCAACCUUUCUCUCCAACUCAGUUCCUCAGUCCUGGCAGCCUCCUUGUAUAUUUUCUCUGUACUUUUUCAAUCUUAUUAAUAUCCUUCCUAAUUGAAUAUUUACUCUAUAGUUUUAAAGUUAGUUAUUGCACCAUUGUGCUUUUUAUAUAUUUCUAGGUAUUUUUAAAAAAUCACCAAUUAGAGCAGUUUUGUAAAAAUCCUUGUAUAUUUUUAUUGAGUAUUGUAUUUAAAGAUAAUUCUUUCCUUUUUCCCUGAUUGUAAAUAUUAAGUUGGGCCAUCAUUAUUAAGAUGAGAAUUCUACAUUAAAAUUCCUGCAAA